GAAAAACACCGAAUGCGCGAGCCAUCACAACUGAACACAGUACAUACUUUCCUCUCUCUCAUCACUUACACCCCUCCACUCCUCCUGUCCUCACCAAUCCCACAGCAUCAUAAUGCGCAUACCACUCCUAUCCACCACGCGGCAUUUCAAGCCCACCCGCCACCUCGUACCCCAGGGCACGCAACACUCACUCUCAACACUAACCACCAUUCCCCUCCGUACGACCACCCCGACGAGCACUCCGGGCAAGCCCCAAUCCUCCCCUCCCACAAACCAACAACAACAUCGAACCUUCCUCUCCUCCUUUCUCCCCGGCAACAGCCCCAAUGGCUCCAACAACAACAACAGCGAUCCCUCCUCCCGCACCCGCCGCCUAACCGCCACCCGCACCCUCCCCUACCCACCCACGCCGCUCUUCGAAGUCAUCUCCGACGUGCAGUCCUACGCCUCCUUCCUCCCCUUCCUCACCGCCAGCACCGUCACCCACCGGGACCCCACGACGCGGUACCCGACGCGCGCCUUCCUGACGGUGGGCUACGGCCCGCUCAGCGAGACCUUCACCUCCAAGGUGGACUGUGACCCCGAGCGGUUGACGGUCACGGCGCAGAGCGGCGCGCGCUUCGGUGUGGAGAAGAAGGACGGGCAGGAUGCGCCGGCGGCGGCCGCCGGGGGGUUCGGGGGGUUUGGGUUCCCCGGGGCGGAGGAGGGGAUCUUUGAGUAUCUGAGCACUAAGUGGGAGUUGGCGGAUGUCACGGCGGAGAUGGGAGGCAGUGGUGCUGGUGCACCGACCCAAAAAAUGACCAGGGUGCAUUUGGAGAUUGGGUUCGAGUUCAAGAAUCAGUGGCAUGCCACCAUGAUGAGUGCGGUCGAGGGCCAAAUGGCUGGGGUUAUGAUUGAGGCGUUUGAGAAGAGGAUCGGAGAGGUGGUUGGGCGGUGAUACGGGGGGUAUUAAGUAGGGUUUAGAAGAAAAGAAAGAAUAGCCAUGGUCCUGGUCAUCUAUUGGCACACAAUAUUCAAGAGACACUUUCUUUUCUUUUUCAUGUCUAGAUU